UCGUUGGGCUCCUCCUUCCCCCCCGCCCGCCCAGUCCCCCUGCCUGCCUGCCGACGGGCGCCUGGAAUCUGGGCCCGAGGAGAGAAGCCGGGAGGAGCCGAGCUGCGCGUGCCGGCCUCGGGAGCUUUCAUCGGGGUCUGGGGUGCGCCGCCAAUGCGGGGCGGGGUGAGCGGCGCUGGAGGGAAGCGUGGCCCAAGUUCGGGCCGCGGAGAGACGGGUUCUUGCGGGCAGGACCCGAGGGCAAAGCGCCAGCGGGCGGGCGUCUGGUUUCCACCUGGGCCCAAGCUCGGGGUUGGAGCGGAGCGGACGCAUGUGGUCAUCUGCAGUCCCACUUCCCGCCCAUCCCCCACGUGGGGCUCGGAGGGGACUCUCGGCGGGGGAUUCAACCAUGUUUAUAAUGAAGAACAGCAGACUCUGAGCUGUAACCUGAAUUCUUGUCUAAAAUUCAGCACACUGGCUGCAAGAGCACCAAACAGAAUGCCACUUGUUCCGUCGGAAUCUUUGAGACAAACUUGCACACCUAGGACAGAACAGUGCAGGGUGACCUUGUCUGCCUCUGAAUGUUACAUCGUUCAUGAAAUCUACAAUGGAGAGAAUGCCCAAGACCAGUUUGAGUAUGAGUUGGAGCAGGCUCUGGAGGCGCAAUACAAAUAUAUAGUCAUAGAGCCCACCCGGAUUGGUGAUGAGACUGCCCGAUGGAUCACUGUUGGGAACUGCCUGCACAAGACAGCCGUGCUGGCAGGCAGUGCCUGCCUCUUCACCCCAUUGGCACUUCCCUUAGAUUAUUCCCAUUACAUCUCCCUGCCUGCCGGCGUGCUGAGCAUGGCCUGUUGCACCCUCUACGGAAUCUCCUGGCAGUUUGACCCCUGCUGCAAGUAUCAAGUGGAAUAUGACGCCUAUAAACUUUCCCGACUGCCUCUGCAUACGCUCACGUCCUCCACUCCUGUGGUGCUGGUGAGGAAGGAUGACCUGCACAGAAAGAGACUGCAUAAUACAAUAGCACUCGCUGCCAUGGUGUACUGUGUAAAGAAGAUUUACGAGCUCUAUGCUGUAUGAUUUCGGGAGAAAAAGGAGAGAGAGAGAAACACCCACAAAAGACAACAAUGUAUUAAGAUUUCCACAGUAACAUUUUUUUCCUCUGAAAUGCAGUGGAGACUGGGAAGGUGUUUGGUUUAGUAUUUGUUAUUUUUCAGAAUAACAAAAUCACUGCUACCCCAAAGGAUUUUUCAGCUCAUUACACUAAGAUGUGGUUCUGUAGUGACUCAAGACACGUUCUAGGCUGUGGAAGUCUGAUGGAGCAGUGGAAUGUUGAUGGAAACAAACAAGGGGGGUGUGAAAUGCUUUUUUGGGGGAGGGGGGAAUCUUUUAGGUAUAUUGUUUAACUGUACCAUCCAGAGCCAGCCAGAAGCUAUUGACCAUUAAAACAAUGAGCAUUUCAA